AUGGAAGGUUGCCAUAACGGUUUUGAGACGCCUGUUGGUUGGUGGAAAAAAUUAGACGGGGGUUCCUGGCCUAUCUCGGAGUUGGGAGAGGGUCUGUCCUACUGCCCCGGCGGUCAAGUCGAUAAGCGAGUGUAUUAUCCCGAAAACUAUAUUCACCGCCCAUUUUAUGGAGGGUAUAAAUGGUCCCUCGAGCGGCGGAAAACCUCAGUCGAACAGCCCCAGUUCAACUACCCGCAAAGUUACUCCAAGUUCACAAUGCGCUUCUCCACUGCCUUUGCUCUCGCUCUCCCCCUCCUUGCUGCCGCCACCGCGAUACCGCGUGCCGAUGGUAGCUGCAACACUGGAUCCACUUUGUGCUGCAACUCCGUCCAGAACUCCAGCGUCACUGGUCUCGCUCAGCUUGGAGGCUUGCUCGGCAUUGACCUUGGCAGCAUCACUGGACUUAUCGCAUUGACCUGCAGCCCUCUUUCGCUCAUUGGGCUUGGAGGCAACUCUUGUUCGGCUCAACCCGUCUGCUGCACUAACAACUCCUUCGGUGGUCUCCUCGCUUUCGGCUGCUCCCCGCUCAAUAUCAACCUCUGA